AUGAUAACGAAGUCAGUAGAAGCUAGUGGAACAGUUACUAUUACAACUGUAACCCAGCAACUAUUUCGAACAAAGAUGGAUUUUAAUGAAUGUUUCAUUCAUCCAAAGUCAUUCUCUUUAGACCCUAACAUUUAUACAGAACUUGUAGAACAUUAUACAAACGAGGCUUUAUGUUUUCCUGUUAAAGUUAUGGAUUGGAUUCCUAUGGACGGUUCAUUCUCAAAGAAUACAGAUAGUUCAAGUGCAACAUUUACAGCAGCUUAUACGCCUAUUAAUGUUAAAAGUAUUUGGGCACUAUUUAGAAAGAAAGACAACUAUUAUGUUAAUUUUGAGAACCCUAAGUUUAAAUAUUUUCAGCUUUCCAUGGGAGCUUAUGGAAAUAUGCCUGCAGAACCUGAAAAAUCAUAUGGACCUGUAUUUUAUGAAAUGGUUGCGAACGCUUGCAAUACAAACAAUGAUAUGAUAGGAUUUAAUGAAGAUGUUAUGAGGUCAUUGGUGGAUGAUGGUAGUGUGGAACAUAAAUGGGAUAGCUAUGACAACACACAUUUCUUAUGUGGUUUUCCAACAGAAGUGGACUUUUGCUUCCAGCAAGGUCAACCAUCUACUGCUCCAAUAACAUACAAAUUGUCUGUUAAAGGACCUAUUGAACUAGCAACUGAAAACGUACCAAAGCCACUUAUUGGAUUUAUGAGGGAUUGUUGCUUUGCAAUACAAGUAAGACAGUCAGGCAUACCAAUAAUAAGACUUGACGACUAUAACUUAGCAACUGACGACGGUGAGGAAUAA